CAACAGCAUCCGACACACCACACCACACCGCCCAGCCCACACCAGGCAGGCAGGCAGGCUACACCGCUCCGCUCCCAGCCAGCCCUCACGUUUUCUUUUUGAUGAAUUUCUUGGCUCUCUUUGGCUGUCCGCUGCCGGCCCCUCCAGGGUUGCUCACCCUCUUCUUGUGACGAAGCUUCCACAGCUUGCGACCUACACACAUAAAAGCCGACACGCUGCUCUGCUGGUGUGGCGACCCAUACACAUCCGUUUGUCUACUGACCAGAUAUGGCGGGCAGCGUCUCAGGAGCCGCCAUUUUGUAGUCAGGCUCGCGGCGCAACUGGACACGUCAACCACACACAUGAGGACACGCGAGCCCGAUCCCCAAUGUGUGUCUCUGUCCACCUGCGUCUUUCGUGUGAUGAGCCGCUUGUUCUUGGGCAUCACGGCAAGAGCACGGAAGCUGCACGAGAACACAACACAACACAACACACGCAGAGAGAAGUUCAUUGGACGCUGCGCGACCCGUGCCCACAUAUGCAUCCUUCCUCCUUGCUCACCCUUUCUGCGCUUCGACGGCCUUGAGUGGGUCGACUCUCUGGCGCCUCUUCUUGACACCGGACGCAGAUGCCGACACUGCCUCGCCCACCCCUGACGCUGCUGCGGCUGCUGCCAUUUUGCUGUCCCUUUGUUGGUCCCUGACUGCCUGCUGCACGGGCGUCGCCUGGCUCAUCAUCUGGGCCGGCACGAGAUACUUGGGCAAAUGGCGGAGGUGCUGGUACACAGACUUGUGCUCCUGACAGACAGGUGGAGAGCCAGGCAGAUUCUUACGAGGGGGAAUCUGGUCGGUCUCGUUAUGCGCUUAUGUUGUGUUUGACAGGCUCACCUUGAGCUGUCUUGCGCUUCUUUUGAGUGCCUUGGCGUCCUGCCAGACCACACAGGCACCGCCAAAGCUCAGCACCCACCAUGCCCUUGCCCCCUGUGCUGUGUGCCAAUACAUGCCUGUGGGUUUUCCUGGAAGUGUGCCUUGAGCUUGGCCGAGUGAAGUGCCUCCCUCUGCAGCUCCCUGGCACGCAUGGCCGCGAUGGCCCGCUUGGUGACGCCACGGCUGACGUCCUCAACGCGAUAGCGAAAACACUCGAUGUCCUUCAGGUUCAACGGCAGCGCACGAACCACUGAUACACACCAAAGAAAGGGAUACCGAAGAAUUACGUCGGUUCGUGUCUGUAUGCGUGUUCUUGUCACUACCAGGUUCGUCUGGGCUGCCUGGAGAGCGCUGAUGCUCCUCAAUCUGACGGCAAGGAAAAUGCAGUGGGCUGGCUGGAGGUGCUGUGUGCCGCUUCCACUCUUUCUUUCACCUUGUUCAUGAGCAUCUUGUCCUCCUGCCUCUCACUGACGAGCGUCAAUGCCGUCCCCAUCGCACCCGCACGGGCCGUGCGACCCACCCUGACACACACAUAGACAAUGAUGGGUGUAUGUGUUGGCUGACGUACACACCUGUGUGUGUGGCUGAGCUACGUACCUGUGCAGGUAUCCCUUGACGGAUCUGGGCAUGUCCGCAUUGAUGACCACGGCCACAUUCUGCAGGUCGAGACCGCGGUGGACACCAAACUGCGCGUCGGCCUGAACGACAGACAAAACACGUACGUACGUCAAUCGAUUGACACUGUUGUUUGCACACGUCCGUGUGGUGUGUCUGGCUGUGCCGUGUUGGCCCGUACGGUACGUACCAUUUGCUUCUUCUUCUUGAGUUUGGCAGGCAGCUGUUCAUUGGGCAUCUGCUCGUCUGCCUCCUCAUCCAGAUCGAUCUCGUCGCCUUCUGCGUCUCCGUCUUCCUCAUCCAUAUCCAUUUCCUCAUCCUCAUCGUCGUCGAUAGCAUCCCCGCCUCCAUCCCCACCCUCAUUCCCAUCUUCGCCGAGAUCGACAUCGUCAAGCUCGUCGCCCUCGUCUUCUUGCUCACCCUCGGCGGCCACCUCUUCUGGCUCGUCGUCGUCCUCCUCCUCAUCAUCUUGUUCCUCCUCAUCGGAGCCGUCCUCCUCUGCCUUGACGUCCUCCAGCUGCGUGGAGCUGCCGGUUGGUCUCGAGGGGUCAUCCUCCUCGACGCUCUCAUCCGUCGCUAUCAGCAGCUCAAACAAACUCUGAUUGAACGACUGGUGCAAGCAGGAGAUGGCCGAUACGCACAGCACAACACACAGAGGGAUGUGGGUUCAGGGUGCAUACCUUUUGUGUGUCGGGCUUCCCACCUCCCGUACCUGGAUGAUGGUCUGUCUGCUUGCGUGAGGCAGUAGUGGGUUGAGGACGGCAGAUGGGAUCGAGAAGCGCUCCAGGAACAGCUUCAGGCCGUAUGCACGAUCCACCGACGAGACGAAGAUGAGUGUCUUGCCCUGCACCAGGUUGAGCUUGAUGAGGGCAUACAGGAUGAGGUUCUUGUCCUUGUCCACACACUCGAGGUAAAACUGAUGCAAAUCGCCACCUGAUGGAAGACGAGCAAAGCGACGGAUGCGAUGAUGGAUGCAUUGUCAUGACGGAUGGGUGUUGUGCUGUCCGUGGACCCACCGGCGCCUUCGGUCUCUUCGACUUUGAGGAUGACGGGCUUGUGCAGCAUCAGACCCUUCAGCUCCUCAACCUGGACCCAUUCAAGACACAACACAAGCAAUGCAACGCACACUCCAGUGAGAGAAGGGCUCGCCUCGCCUCGGUCUGCCUGACCUCCUUGUUAAGCGUCGCCGACACCAGUAUGCAGUUGUACGAGUGGGUGCUCGUGCUGGGCAGCAUCCGACACAGCGCCCGCAUGUCCUCCUCGUACCCGAAAGAGAACAGCAGGUCGGCCUCAUCCACCACUAUCAUCUCCACCAUGUCCUUGAUGCUCCCCCUCACCACCCCCGCCAUCGCCGCGCUGCCCCUGCCCCUCCUCUCCAGCACCGACAGGAACGACACGAGCGUCGUCGGUGUGGCGAUCAGGAUGGUCGGCAGCUCCGCGAGUGUGGCCGUGCCCUUGGAUAACAGGAAGGGGGAGAGGGGGUUGGCUGAAUGGGCGUCGCCCCGCUGCUUCUUGGCGUCGGUGCUGGCGCCUCCUGCUGCUGUUGUUGAUGGUGAUGAUAUGAUGAAGUCGGCGGAGACCAGCUCGUUGCAGAACGAUAGAAGCGUUGACAUCACCUCGUACACCUGCGUGAAUGAAUGAGCAUUGACAGCAACCGCCCAAACGGGUGAAUGCAUUUCAUCUGUAGUGCUCAUAGCCUACCUGGACGCACAGCUCCUUGGUGGGCACCAGGACGAACGCCCUCAGUCGCCUCAUCUCGCCUCCCUUGCCGCGCUCCGCCUUCUCGAGCAUCUUGGCAACCACGGGCACGGCAUACGCCAGCGUCUUGCCAGAUCCCGUCCUCGCGCGAAUGAGCAGAUCCCGGCCCUCCAGCGCUAUCGGGAUGGCCUGGCUCUGCACGUACGUCGGGUGUUGGAGAUGCAUCUUGUGCACCAUCGCACGCGUGAUGCGCCUGUCGAGGUACUUGGCGCCGAAGUCGGCGAAGCUCUGGCUCUCGUCGAUUACGUUCGCCAUAUCCCCUCCGCUUGCU